AAGAUAAGGCUAAGAUAAGCCCACCUACAUUCUCAUUCACACCCAUUAAUUCAAUCAAAGUAAACAAUUUCAACCAGAUAAAAAACAUAAACCAAAAUCAAAUUCCUUCAUUCUCUACAUAUAAUAUUUACAAAUCGUCACAAAUUAACACCAAGACCUUAUUCAUGGCCACCACCACUCCAGCAGCAACAGCUUCACGCUUCUUUGGAACACGUAUCCAUGACUCCAAGCCUCUGAGCUCGGCCAAAUUUCAAGCCAGGCUUAGCUUUAGAGGUUUUGGCAUCAAAAAAUCCCCACCACCGCCACCCAAAAAAGCACUCCGCAAGCGAGAUUCCGAGCGCCUUGUAUGGUUCCCGGGUGCAACCCCACCGGAGUGGCUCGACGGGAGCAUGGUGGGAGACCGAGGGUUCGAUCCAUUUGGGUUUGCAAAGCCGGCUGAGUACUUGCAGUUUGACUUGGACUCUUUGGAUCAGAACUUGGCCAAGAAUGUGGCGGGUGAGGUCAUUGGGAUCCGUGAAGAGGCCACGGAGAUCAAUCCGACGCCGUUUCAGCCGUACUCGGAGGUUUUUGGCCUGCAGAGGUUUAGGGAGUGUGAGCUGAUUCAUGGAAGAUGGGCAAUGUUGGGCACUCUCGGUGCCGUUGCUGUUGAAGCUCUCACUGGUGUUGCAUGGCAAGACGCCGGAAAGGUGGAACUGGUUGAGGGAUCUUCUUACCUUGGCCAACCACUUCCAUUUUCAUUGACAACAUUGAUUUGGAUUGAAGUUUUGGUAAUUGGAUACAUCGAGUUUCAAAGAAACGCAGAGCUGGACCCUGUGAAAAGAUUAUACCCAGGUGGGUAUUUUGAUCCUCUUGGGUUAGCCUCCGACCCAGAAAAGUUUGAGAACCUUCAAUUGGCUGAAAUUAAACAUGCUCGUUUGGCCAUGGUGGCCUUCCUCAUCUUCGGGAUCCAAGCUGCCACCACAGGCAAAGGCCCUAUCAGCUUUGUGGCUACAUUUAACCAGUGAAAGUUCUUAUGAAACUCAAUCAGAAAAACAUAUAUGUUGUGAAUUCCUGUAACCAAAUCUGAUUUGCAUUUUCCACUCUUUGCUUGUAACUCCCCCUUUUAGAAGUUUAAACUUAUAAUGGAAUAUUCUAAGUUUAAUUA